AUGGCCCGACUUUCUCUUGUCUUCAAUGAGAGCGAGAGAUCUGACGGCUUGCGUUCAGUCCUGCGAGAUGCGAUUCAAACGACCUUCCAUGAUCUUGACAUUCAACAAAAUGGAUUUCUUCAAUUCAAAUUUUUUUCACAGUUGCUGCACAAAUCUGGACUUUACAUAAAUGAGAUGGAAACGAAUGCUAUAAAAAGACACCUCAGUCACAUCAAGGGAGCUGAGGACGAGGAAACCAAAAUAGUUUUUACAAUUGAAGACAUACAUUACUUUUGCACGAAUCCUUCAUUUAUGAUAUGUCUACAAAUCGAAGAAUCGAUGAGCUCGGAACGAGAAAUCAGGCCCCACAGGAUAAACCAAUAUGUCUCAAAAGUGCUUGAACAAGACGAAAAGACUAUCGACGACUUCCUAAAAUCUCCAUCGUUGAGCAUUGUUGGAGAUAGACAAGCAGUGCUGCGACUUGCCAAGAUCUUGCGGGAAAAGUCUUUGGACAUCGCAACUCGGAAGAAUUUGACCAAAGCAAUCUCAAAGAUCUCCGAAAAGCCCAGAGAAGCUUCGGGUGUUGAUAGAAUGCCUGGAGUGAAAAAGGAUAAGAUCUAUGAUGAUCAAGCUAUUGCAGCUUUUUCAUGGAUUCUGUGUCAUGGAUCACCAAUCUACAUGGAUCAGCGGACCUUUACAAACCCAGAACACGAAAACAUCAGUCAAGAUCUAAUUCCACUGUAUACGCAUUGGAUUCAGAAGUAUGAAAAAUCAACAAGACGUUUGGAAUUUGUUACAAAACUUCAAGAAGAAGGCUCUUCGAGGCAAUCAGUGCCUCCAGAAUUAGUUGAGUAUAGAGAAACGUGCCAUGAAGCUUGUGAGUUUGUUCGAAUGGAGGCGAUCAGAGGGUUGGGAAACAUUUCAGACCACGAGCAUGAGCAUUCGCUCAAGGUAAUAUGGCGAUUCGAAGCCUUGUUCGUUAUGUAUCGAUACGUUCCUCCAGGUUCUGGAAAGAUGUUGAAAGCUUUUGCAGUGAACAUCCGGAAGGCUUCUUUCUUCGAGCGAUGGGACAUGCAGGAAUACUGGUGGUCAGACCAAGAUGAACCGUGGAGAUCUCAAGACGAAUCAAGGAAAUAUUUAUGGCAGACUUUAGAAAUCAGCACGAGAGAUAUAGCGUGGCAGGUGCGAGUACGAGCUAUCGAAGUGAUCACAGAAACAGCUGAGAUUGGGAAUAUCGAUGCUCACCGAAUCCUCGUGCCUCUCAUUGAAGACCAAUCCAACGUGAGAUCUCCGAAUUCUGUCACGAUGUCCUUUGAAUUGGAUGCAAAGCGAGUCAAAUCUGCCACACAGCGUGGACUUACCAACCUGCUCUACGGCCGUGGCGAGUGGGUUGCAAGGAGAUGGGAGGAGUUACAAAAAAAUGUAAAGGACGGAAUGGAACAUGAUUUAGCAGCAAGUGAGGCUGAAGAGAAAGCCACUAGGGCAACAAGGAAGGAUGCAGCGACAACUGUGAUCGAUGUGUUGAUCGAGUACAUCAAAAGUGGGAAGCAUGGGUUCAGGCAGCAAAAUCUGAUUACAUUGGGUAAAGUAGUUCAUUCCGCAACGAUGAGAGGAGAAAACAAGUGCAUCAAUUUUCUUGUCGAUUGCAUGGAUUCCGACAUUGCAUCAGUGCGAACAAGCGCAAUGGCUGCACCUAUGAUGUCGACGUUCAUUGCAAACGAUAUGCGAUCGAAUCUCUCGAGGUCGUCUCCUCGCGAGGGCAGCGAGACCCUCUCGACGUACUCUGCGAUCUCCUUGGUCAUGGUGAAGCAGAAAUUCGCGAAUCCGCCGUGA